AUGUCAAACGUAAUUUCUCGUGUUGUAGUUGAACAUCUAAAGCCAGAUGGACAACAAAGCCAGGUUCUGGACAUCGUCCUCCCGUCCGCAACAGACCAGGCCUCCGAAGGGACAGAUCAGCUGCGCCGAUUUCCAACAGAGGUCCGUCUUAUGAUAUUCGAGGAACUCUUGAUCGUCUGGCCAAAGACUGUGUUCAGAGGGGCGUAUGAGUUUGGCCCGCUCGACAAGAGAGAAUUCGACGAAGAGAUCGACGUUCCAUGGCAGAUUCUCCAGACUUGUCGUAAGUACCAUGAUGAAGCAGCUCCCAUCAUGUACGGGAAGAACCGGUUUGUCUUCUGCACUGGUAAACAUGGCGAACCAGGGGAGUUCUGGCGAUUCCCGGUUAACAUCCACUAUCUACAAUACGUUACAGACUUGGGCAUAUAUUUCCGGGCCGACAGCCCUGAUGAGCAAGGUUCACAGAGGGUCGCACAUUUCCUCAAAGCUAUUUCCCGGCGGGCUACCAAUCUCAAAUAUCUUGUGGUUCUCGUAUCUUCUGAUCGAUUCUACGAGGCGAAAUGUCCGUGGGAUAUUCUAUUCUUCCAUCACCCAGUUUGCGAAGCGCUCAUAGAGCUCAUUGAACGGAGGACGGCUCAGCACUUGAAAAUUCGUCUCCACAAUGGAGCUUUGCUUUUCCCUUCUUUAGCUCAUUUCCUGGACCAGACUUUCAGGAAGAAUGGGCCUUCGGCGGAUCGAUCGCUCACUUUCACUUCCUCUUGUACCUGUCCCAAAGGUUGUCCCCAUCACCCGACAGACGUAUGCUUUCUAUGCGAUUGGCCGAAGCAGCAGAAGGAGAGCAAACCCAUCGAAAAAGUUGUGUCCCAUCUGUGCAGUGUCGAGUCGUGUGAGGGGCGUAUGAUGGAAAUGCAAGAUGACCUCUUCGAGCAUGGUAUCUUACCCCUAGAAGAGGAUUCUGAGGGCGAUAGUGAGGGCGAUGACGGCGUUGAGUUCGGCCUAUUUGUGGCGGGACUUCCAUUUGAGGAUGACUAUGACGAGAGCCGACUUGGAUUCAGUUCUGGCUACCUUCUCCCUGGCCAAUCACGUCGUUAUCGAAGUCAGAUAACGGCCCCUGAGGUGUGGUCCUUUCGACAGAUGACGCUCCUUGAAUUCUUCAAGGUCAUCGAAUACGGCCAAUACCUCGACAUGGUAUUCGGCCCGGCUGGCUUCGAAUCUUAA